AAUCAAUCGUAGUGGGUCAACGAAUGUUAAUUAAACUGUAUGAAUCGUACAAUACAUCCUAGGUAUUAACGUCAUUCGAGUACAACUCAGUGAACUCAUCGUUUGUUUCUGUGUACGAUUCCUUCUUCUGGCCCAAGAGUCUGACUUCAUUGGAGUGGCUUUGCCAUCAACAAGCUCUACCUACCUACAAGCCAAUAAUAUAUCUUGUCAACGUUUCAUCUAAUCAUCACAACUGUUCGUCCGAUAAUAAGUAGAAUAAAGAACGGUGGUCAACAUACACAUCAGGCUACAUCAGGCUGCUGUGGACCUGAAUAAGUAGACGGUCUCGAAAUAAACGUCGCUCAUCCGAUCACCCUGGACAGUUAAAACCUCGUGAACACUUCAUUUCGUCACAUUAUUACUGGACGUAGCCUCGCCUAACGAGCCAACACAAGGACAAAUUCAUGCUCGACCGUCUUUCGCUCCGUUUUCGCUUCUCUCUCGACUCAGCGAAAUUUUAUUUCAAUGUUGCUGCUCUCUCAUCGUAGCAGUACUUAUUAGCUAGUCCAAGCUACACUAUUACGUAUCUGUUGGCUGCGGGAAUCAAGCGUCGUCUUUGGAUUUUAGCAAAUAUAAUAAGUAUUCGCGAGUGAAAUAAUAAUAAUGAUGCCUCGUUAUUGCUUCAAGUUGGAUUCUUAGCAGUUUUAAACAAUUGACUGAAGCAGCAACGAUGCUCGAUCUCGAAGCUUUACGAUCUUAGCGCAUUUUAAAUAUUGAUAGCGAUUAGAAUAAAAUAUAAGUAUGGCUCGGCCAAGGAAGACAGAGGCAAAAGCCUCGGAAAAAGAGAAACCAACCCCACCACCAGCUGUGAGAAAGUCGAAUAGGCAAAGAACUAAAAAGCAAUUGAAAGAGCUAAAAUUGAAUGGUGAUAUUGCAUCCCCAGUGGUCAACAAUUCCGAAGAUUCUAAACAAUCUGCCGAUAGUGAUAACAGUCAAGAGCCAUCUAAAAAAAAUGUAGUUCCUAAAAAAGUAGGUAGGCGUAAAAAAACGGUUGUAGAAAAAGAAAAAUCCACAACGGAAAGUGCAAGUGAUCAAGGUGAAAAUAGUGUUGAUCAAAGUGAUUUAAAUGUUAAUGUGUUGAACGUUGAAAAACAAAUGGAAAUCAGUGAUAAUAUUGUCAAUGAAGUUGUUUGGUCCGAAGAUGUUAUAGAAGAAACAAUUAUUUGUGAGGAAAUGGAAGUUGAUGCUGAAGUAACUGACAGUACUUGUAUAACGCAGGAUGAGAAUGUUGUGCUUGAAGAAGUUUUGCUGAUGAAUGACCCUAAUUUUGAUGAUAAAGAUAUCGUUGAAUACACUCUCAUAGAAACAGAGGAUAUAGAUCAGCCUUUGAAUGUUGUACCACGUGAAACUAUCGAAAGUGUAACAUCGAUCAAUGAAAACUAUAAAAAUACAAGUGACUGUGAAACAAUAGAACAAAUAGAACAAAGUGUUGCUAGUUUGUUGAUGACUGACAAUACCGAGUCUGUAAAAGAACCUAAAAGUGUUAUUGAUAUUUCCCACAGGGAAAGUUAUAGAUCGUUAAGGAGUUCAUCCAGAGGUAAAGGAAAGCCUCAAGAGUCAAUAAACCAAGCCACCCCUGACAGUUCAGUAAAAAAAAGGACAGACCGAACGAGUAAAAAAGUUGCGUCUGAUUCCGAUGGUAGAGAAAAGACAGUUAGAAGAAAAAAAAACAGUUCUGCUGUGUCUGCCAAUACUGUCGAGGCAAAUAAUACUCAAAGCUCUGUGUUACCAUUGCCAAAUGUUGUAGCAUUACUGCAAGAAGAUGAUACUAGCUCGUCAAUGUCUGAAAGAGCAGAAAGUCAAGAUGUUUCUGAUGCAUCCACUACUGACUCUUUCAAGGAUAAAUUAGUGAAUAAUAGUCAAACUGUAGAAGAAAAGAAUAUUUGUAAUUCUUUGGAUACAAAAGUAACACUUGAAGCAUCUAAAAAUGCGGUACUUGGUAGUGAAGAACAUUCCAGGGAUAGUGAAAUGGAUGCAAAAGCUGAUUCUGAAGAUGUUAAAGUAUCUAGUAGUAGUGAAAACAGCAAUGAUACUUUUUUAUCGUCAGGUAGUUUUAAAAAUUCCGACCCUAAUUUAGACAACAAAAAUUUAUUCAACAAAUUGAAUGAAGGUGACAAAAAGUCUGGAUUUAGAAGUCGCAGUGGAAGCACUGACACGACUGAAUCAGAAACAAGUUCUUCUGGUGUUCGCCGUAGUAACAGAAUCAGAACCAUUGGUUUGAUGAAACCAAGGUCUCGAGGUCGUGGCUUAGUUACAAAGACAUCUAUAGAAUCUUCUAAAAUAUCCAUUCAACGGGAAGAACAGGAUAAGCUCCUAAACAAUGUUCAAGCAACCUUAGAAAAAGGACAAAACAAAAAUGGUUCUGAUAACUCGUCAGAAACCUCUCAGUCGGACAAGGAAAAUUCUAGUAAUAAAACAACUGCUCCACAAGAUGUUCUUACACCAUUACCAUCUAUUAAUAAUGCAACUGCUGGUUAUGAUUCAGAUUCAAAUAAGCCCGUAAAAGUAAAAUCACGUUGGCGACGAUCUAGUGAAUUAGAGAUGAGCAAUUCGGAAGCUUGGGCAGUGAACCAACCAAACGCAAAUAUUCCCAACUCUUUGGGAAUCCAAGGAUUUUCAACAGGCAUCUCAGCGAAUUCGUUUAAUGAUUUCAAAUCACAAUCUAUUGGAGUGGGAUCGCAGCAAGAAACGAGAACGGAAAGCCAAGAUGUGGUGGUAGUUCCAUCCCACAGCAGUAAUACUAGUAUGGAUACGUCUGGUAGUUCUACUGUGAUUACUAACACUUCAUUGAUAAAUGAAACUUCUUCAACAGCGUCAACUCUCAAGUCAAUUGGAGCGAAAAUUCAUCUGCCAAUGAUUUCUGCGAACGCAGAUAGGGAGAUGGAAGAAAGGCUUAGUCAAUUUGAACAUUUGAAGGAAAAUUUGUACUUGACGGAACGUUAUACCAAUAAGGAAACGAAGCGAAUGCUAUGUGAUUGUUUUUUAACUGAAGAAGAAUUUGAAAGAGGAGAAUUAGCUUGUGGUGAAGAUUGUCUCAAUAGGCUGUUGAUGAUUGAAUGUGGGCCUCGAUGUCUUGUUGGCGAUAGAUGUACUAAUAAGCGGUUUCAAAAUAGCGAGUACGCGGAUUGCGAAGUGUUUCGCACCGAGAAAAAGGGUUUUGGUUUAAGAGCCAGAACCAGUUUAGAUGCAGGGGAUUUCAUUAUGGAAUACGUUGGUGAGGUCGUGAAUCCAAAGGAUUUCCGAAAAAGGGCAAAAGAAUAUUCAAAAGACAAAAAUAGACAUUACUAUUUUAUGGCGUUGAAAUCCGAUCAAAUUAUUGAUGCAACAAUGAAAGGCAACGUAUCUCGUUUCAUUAAUCACAGUUGUGAUCCGAAUGCUGAAACUCAAAAGUGGACUGUUAAUGGUGAAUUAAGGAUUGGAUUUUUUAUUAAAAAAUUUGUAGCUGCAGGAGAAGAAAUCACUUUUGACUAUCAUUUCCAAAGAUAUGGAAAAGAGGCGCAAAAAUGUUUCUGUGAAGCAGCGAAUUGUAGAGGUUGGAUAGGUGAUAAUCCAGAGGACAAUAAAGAAAAGUCAGAAUUCAUGGAUGAUCUGGAAGAUGAUGACGAUGAUACUGAAGACGAGGAUGAGGAAGAAGAAGAUGAAGAAGAAGACGGAGGAGAAGAAGAAAAAGCACAGGAAGAAAAUAAAGAAGAUAAUAAAGAAAUUAAAGAAAAGAAACCCCGGAAACAAGUGAGGAGAAAGAAAACUGAAAAGAAAGUGUCUGAUCACAUGGAAGAUGAGGAUUUGGAAGAACAGAUCGAAAAAUUAUGUCGUACUGGUUUGAAAAAUCGAACCCAUACUUUAACUCUGAGUCGAUUGAUGGUUCGAAGUAGAGAAAUACAACACAGAACACGUCUUCUUAAAGUAAUACAAUCCGGAGAUCACCCCUGCCGAAGAUUAUUCCUUGAUUAUCACGGUCUCCGAUUAAUAUGGAGUUACAUGAUGGACGUUAUCGGAAGUGAUACCGACGUUGUUCAACAAUUCAGAUUAGAGAUAUUGAAAACUCUGAGCACACUGCCAAUACCCAAUAAAACAAUGCUAAUAGAUAGCAAAGUACUUAGCAUAAUAGAAAAGUGGUCGAAGCAACAUUAUCAUUCUCCUGUUAGUGGAAACUCGCCAGAUGAUGAUCAGUCAAAACUGAAAUCGAGUAGCAGCGACGAACCUACCACUAGUCCAAUGGAAAUUGAUAGUAAGGACGAAAUUCAGUCUGAAAUUACGAGCAAUUCUAAUGCAAAUGACAUUAAAAAGCCUGUAGAAAUUAAGAGCGAUAUCAAAGGAGAAAUCAAUGAAUAUUCAAUAAUAUCCGAGUUGGCAUCUAAUCUUCUUGCUGACUGGUCAAAUUUGAAAGAAGUUUUUCGUAUACCAAAGAAAGAGCGGAUAGAACAAAUGAAAGAGCAUGAAAGAGAAGCUGAUCGCGGAUACAAAGAAAAAGUAGAAAAAGAAGUUAGAGAUGGUACCUUUUUCGACAGGUAUAGAACUGACAGGUAUAGUUCACGUAGUGACUCAGACAAGCGGUUGCGUCGGGGAAGAGACUCGCCGGAUUUUGAGCAUGGAAGGUCCAAAGACAAAAGAGGCUUGGAUGAACGGCCAAACUUGGUGCCGAUGCCGCGCAUGACCAAGUAUGAGCGUCGACAAUUGUUUGCCUUGAAGGUCGCGAAAGAAGAGGAAGAAAGGCAACGACGCCAGCAUGAAGAUUUGUGGCAGCAACAUGAGGCGCAGUGUCUUGCCCUUGGCUUGGAUCCUAACACGACCGCAGCAUAUGAUCCACAAACGGGUUAUCCACUCUUUUUCAACCAGCAAUUGGGCCAAUGGCAAGCUAUUCCCUGCCAAGUUCCAGAAGGAGCUACACCUGAGACUAUUGCUACCAUGUUCGCUGCAGCUGGAGGAUCUGAGAUCGUUUAUCCACCAGGAUAUGACCCAGCAACAGCUGCGGUGCCACUUCAGAUGCAAAAUGGGCCAACGACAGCUUCAGUUACUCAGCAGCAGCAGCCAGUGCAACCUGAAUUUGAACAGCCUUCUUUCGAUUCACUGCCACCCCCACCACUUGAUUUGCCACCCAAAUGGAAAUGGGCCAGAGAUAAGAAAGGUCGACUCUACUAUUUCCAUGUGAAAGACCGAGUCUCUCAAUGGUUGCCACCACCACCCGACCAUAUCGCCGUACAACCUGAUUCCUCCGAUACUUCGGAGUCGAGCGACGAAACGAGUUCGUCCAAUGACGAGGAGGAGGAAGUCGAGCCGCAGUUGGGCACUCCUGAACAACAGCUGGUUGAGCUUAUGGAGGCCGACGAAAUCAAAGUAGAGCAGUGCGUUCCCCCGGAACCUAAGAAACGUCGAGACGGACUCGUUCAAGAGAGAAUCAUCAGCCCCCGGCGAGAAGAAGAUAGAGUAGAUCACAAGAAAUACAAAGAAAUCAAAGAAAAAUUAAGACGACACAAGGAGAGAGCCAAAAUAAAAGAGCAAGUGGAAAAAAUGAAGAAAAUGAGGCGUAGCAGCAAAUCGAAAUCGUAUUCAAAGCAUAGUACAAUUACUUCCGACAUGUCUCCAACGACAGAACGGAAAAUCAAAGAUGCUUUUAGAAUCAGCAUGGCCGAAGUGAUGGUACAUUUCCUUAAUCCGUAUCGAAAAAACGAUUGUAAACAAGGAAGAAUUACAAAUACUGAAGAUUUCAAACAUCUUGCACGCAAGCUAACGCAUUUUGUCCUUGCAAAAGAAUUAAAACAUUGCAAAAGUGUCGAUGAGUUGGAGUGUAAUGACAAUGUUAAGCAUAAAGCUAAAGACUUUGUUCGAAAGUAUAUGAGUAAAUUUGGUGCAGUGUACCAGAAAACGGAUGAAGAUUAACUUCAACGAUAAAUUAAGGAAAGUGAUUUACGCUAUUUAUUAUCAAAAUGACUGUAUCUAUGUGAACUUUUCUUUAUUCCUCAAGUAUUUUUGUGUAGAUAAGUCACGCGAACUUGUGAAAAACUAUUGUAAAAUAUUGAUCACUUAUUGUGGUGGAUGAAAUGUCUCAAGAUAACUAUAGUGAUUGUUGGAUAUUUGAUUUUUUAAUUUUGAAAGUUUUGUACAAAUUGUUAGGUUACUAAACAUACAGGAACUUUUUGUGAGAUGUUUUCUUACUAUCAUUUUGUAAAUUGUUGAUAUGAACUCAAUUUAUCAUGUAGCAAGAAAACAAACUUGUUAAUGUAAAAUUUGAAGCUAUUUGUAAACCGCGAAUAUAUUAUUUAUAUAGUAUAUUCGCUUAAGCAUAUAUAUUAUUUAUGAUAAAAAGCGCGUUUACAACAUUUGUGUCGUUUGGCUUAUUCAAUCCAUGUCAUCCUCCAAAUAUUUUACAUAAAUGGAUGAAAAUUAUUAUUUUUUUUUUAUUUUUUUUUUUUUUAAUACAACAAAGAAAUUGAGGACAACAUCGAUCAGGUAUCAGUAAACAUAACGUUUCUUACCUAAAAAUUGUACUG